AUGAUGUUCAACAAGAGCCUGUUUGCCGUCGCGACACUUGUCGCCGCUGCCACCGCAGACUAUUGCUGCGGGACCAACAUCGGCAGGUUCGCCAUCACGCAGAACUGGGCCAACGCUGCAAUGAACGCAGGAGGGACUACACCUGGCAAGUCCGGGGAUCCCCAUGAAUUUGGCGGCCAGUCGGGCGACGGCGCGCAGCUCAAGUUCUACGGCGCCGACUUGCGGUGCAACGAGCAGAAACCCAAGCUGUUCGAGUUCCCCGUCAUGAAGGAUGGGUCCUUCUACGACAAGAACGUGAAGCACGGCUACAUCGGGACGCCUGCCCGCGUCGUCUACCUCCAGGACGGGAAGACGCUGUGCGGCGUCAUGACCCACUUCAUCGAGGAUCGCAACACCCAUCAGGGCAGCGGUCCCUUUCGCGUGUGCGACAAAUAA